CCCUUGACAGCAGACAUGGGCCACCCAGCUCCAUACGCGAAAGCCAGGGCUUUGCGGCGGAUCCUGAUGCUGCUGAUGCUGCUGCUGCUGAUGCUCACACUAGCUACCCAAUCAGCUGUCAGCGCAGGAGUAGGACGACAGCGGGUGAAGGACGGCCCGGCUCCGAAAACCUGGCUACGUUUGAAGCGAGAAGAAGCUGAGCAUGAUGCUGACGGAACUGACGACCACCACGGAAACCCUUCUACUGACAAAGAGACACCUGCUGGCAACCGUGAGGGAAAUGAAGGCGAUGAAGGGACAUCUGACAAGCUGCACGUGGACAACAGCAAGAGCCGCACUGCAGGUGAAGACCAGCCGCCCCACGAGCGCCAGGGAUCUGAGUCGGCAGGCGGGAGCUCCGCGUGGCUGAAGCACUACAUGCGCGGCGCCCACACCUUGAGGCGUCGCGACACCAGCGACGACGACACGUCCGGUCCUAAGGGAGAAUGCGCCUGUUUGAAGGAAUUACUGACAAACUGUUCUUUACAUCAGAAGACGAGAAUCCCUAUCCAAUACGUUGAUAAUCAAGGCGAAUCUUCACGCUUGCUUUAUGAAGGCAGUAUUGACUUGAAUGAAAUCAGUAAACCGUUCUGUAGUCCAGGCUCUAUCGUGAUCCUUACUGCAUCAUUGAAGACACAUGGUACGGGCUUCGCUGGAAUUCUCCAGGUCAAAAUACAGUGUGUUCCAAUGAUGAGGAGUACAGACUUUAUCCAGAACCAUGAAAGCAGUGAUGGCAAAAAAAGUUUCUCCUGGAGUACAAGUAGGGAUUUUCUGUCUUUCACGGAUAUAAUUCGGAUGUAUGUUUCCAAUGGAAGAAGAAGAAAUGGCCCGCAGUGCUGUCCUCCUAAUAAAAAUGAUGCCUCAUGUUUAGAUUUUGACGAGUCUCGCGACAAAGUAUCAAAGAGCAAUACUACGAAGAAUCUACCCAAAGUUGUCAAAGGAAUCAAAUGCAGGUACGAUCUGCUUGAGGGAGCGGUGAAUGACAUUGUCCAGAAGACGGCUGCGUGCAAGAAAAAUUGCUCAACCGUGGCAGGUCGUACCGUCUGUAGCUGCGCUGACGGCUCGAAGGCAGUCGAAGAUGAAGACGACGCCACAGGAGUUGUGAGACACUGUAUGCCGCUGGAUCCUGGGGCUGGAAUGGAGUGUCCGCCGGGGUACGACCUCGACACUGACGUCAUGGUGUGCGUGGAUAUUGACGAGUGCCAAGUAAACAACGGUGGAUGUGAUCACGAAUGCGAGAACACCAACGGGGGUUCCAGAUGCAAGUGUCGGCCUGGAUUUUUCCUCAUGGAGGACCAGAAGAGGUGCGAUGAUCGGGACGAAUGUGCCAUCGGCGAGAACGGCCGCCCCCAAGCACCCUGCGCGUACAGGUGCACGAACCUGCCGAACGGAUUCAUGUGCACCUGUCCUGAAGGGUUCGAAGUCAGCCAGCCAGAUAUCAUGAACUGCAUAAACCGGAAAGAAAACAUUACCAUCACCCAAGAGGGAACGUUUUAUUCUAAGCCAACAGUUCCUGCUAAAGAUGGGAAAUGCCCUAAAGGGUUUACGCUAGAUGCUAACAACAUGACGUGCACAGAUAUCGACGAAUGUCGGCGGAAUAUAUCUGGAUGUGCCCACAUCUGUAACAACAUCUACGGUGGAUUCAACUGUCAGUGCCGGGACGGAUUUUCGAUUAUGAGAGACGGCAAGUCGUGCGAAGACGACAACGAGUGCCGCUACCGCUACAUAUCGAGAUGUGAGCACAAGUGUCAAAACACCGAAGGGAGCUUCAGAUGCACAUGCAGGCCUGGUUACAGCCUCGGAGAGGACCAGCAGUCGUGCGAAGACGUCGACGAGUGUCGGGACAACACAUCUGGCUGUAGUCAACUCUGUGAUAAUACGGAAGGGAGCUAUAAGUGUUCAUGUAGCCACGGUUUCUACCUUGUGAACGAUAUGAAGACGUGUGAAGACUUCAACGAAUGUCGACUAAAUAGAUCUGGCUGCGAACACGAGUGUGAAAACACACAGGGAAGCUUCAGAUGCAUGUGCCGACCAGGUUACUACCUGGCGGAAGAUCAGAAGACGUGCCGAGACAUCGACGAGUGCCGACGCAACACAUCGGGGUGCGCUCACCAGUGCGAGAACACUGUGGGCGGCUACCGGUGCCUGUGCAGACCCGGCUACUUCCUCAUGAAGGACGGGAAGUCGUGCGACGACCGCGACGAGUGUGCCGCGGACCCGCACGGCCACACGCAUGCCCAGUGCUCGCACCAGUGCAUCAAUCUGCCGGGCAGCUACACGUGCGCAUGUCCAGAAGGCUUCGUGCUCCACGCUCACGACCACGGUCUGUGUGUGGAGGACGAGGAACACAGCAUGACCGCACGUGAAGAGGGCGCCGACCUGUCUUGAUGGCUUCGUGCUACUCACCAACAAGGACACGCGGGAGCGGAGGAGCAGGACCACGGGUGGUCAUAGGGGCUCCUCGUGCUGCUUAUCAAGCGGGAGUGAGGUGGACUACUCGUGAGAUAUCGAAAGGAAAGAGAGGAAUUGAUGCGUGAACACCUUCUUCUCCUGUAAAGUCUCACAGCUAAUCUGACGUUCGCACUUCAGGACUACAGCGACGUCGGCUUUGUUUAAUUACACCGAGGGACUACCAAGCGUUGACUGCAGAGAUGACUUCUGGCAUCGCUCAUCUCAGAGUGUUUGUUUAGAGGCCGCUUGUCUCGCUUCGGUGGCCAUGGUGGCAGGACAUUGAUCGUGGGAAGCGGCCGUGGUGCUCUGUGCUCCACUUUCUGCCGACGUCCAGAGACCGGCUCGGUCAUGUGUGUCUCCAUACCUUUGUGGUUUCAAAAUUAUACUUUCCUCCUUUCACCAAUGUAUCAUUCUGUGGUUAGUUCACUGUGGCUGUCAAAAUAACCACUAAUGAAAUAUUAAAUCUGUGUACAUCACCCAC